CCAAACUAACUUGCUAAUCUGAAAAUUUUCAAAAUGUUUCUAGUUUAAGAACACCCAAGUACUUAUAAAGGAACAAGGAAAAUGAUUAAUCCUCCUAAAAAUUAGCCUAAAAAUCUUCUUAAAACUAUAAGAAGAUGACAUGGGGUAUCCACUAACUCUCAAUCCUAAUUUUGCCUCCUGAUUUUGCCAGAUGUCUUCAUCUAAUAGUUAGGAGGAUUUUAGGUCAUUCCUUUAGGAGGAUUAAUCAUUGUUAGAAAAAAGCUCACUAUGUGUAUUCAUUCAUGCAAAAACGUGGCAUCUGUUUUCACCUAUCUCACCAAUACUAACUACUUGCUUUAUAUGGAUCAGAAGGUAAUACCAAAAACCAAGUCAUCCAAAUGAUUUGUAACAAUCCAGUACCGACCAAUUCCAGUUUCAUUCCAAGCUUUCUCCAGGCAAUGGGAAUUAUCGGAACCAAAAUGAAAACGUCACAUUUUGGGACAGCGUUUACCGGCACGAAAACUAACUCAACCUAUGGACUUGGCCAGUGUUACGGUGAUAUAUCUCCCAGUGAAUGCAAGUUAUGCUAUUCUCUAGCACGUACUAGUCUUCCUGGCUGCUUACCCAUAAACGGUGGCCGGAUAUAUCUCAAUGGUUGCUUUUUGCGAUACGAUAAUUAUAGUUUCUUUAAGGAGUAUGAAGGGCAAGAAGACAGACGUAUGUGUCCCAAUAAUACAAGGAGAGACAGUGCCUUUGAACAAUCAGUAAGGAACGCUGUGGCUCAAGCAGCGGAAACGGCACCUAAAAGCAACAAUUACCAUGCCAGAACACAGGCUUUUAUUUCAAACACGGCAACGGCCUAUGCAGUGGCUGAUUGCUGGCUUACAUUAGAUGCUGAGACUUGUGAGAAGUGUUUGCAGAAUGCGGCUAAGGCGAUGUUAGAGUGCUUGCCUGCAUCAGAGGGAUAUGCACUGUAUACUGGUUGUUUCAUGAGGUAUUCUGACCUCAACUCGUCUCAUCACAAGAGGUUCUCUAAAAAAAAAGUAAUAGCAGUGGCUGUUAGUUCCAUUGUAGCAUGUUUAGUUGCAAGCCUUGUUGCCUUUUAUGCAUGGAAACACAGAAGUAACUCAAAAAGAAGAGGUUCUGAAGACCCUAAACUGUUGAAAAUCCUGAAUGGUUGUAGCUUGAACUUCAAAUAUUCCACAAUUGAAAAAGCCACAAGUUCUUUUGAUGACGCGAACAAGCUUGGGCAAGGGGGAUUUGGAACCGUAUACAAGGGUGUUCUUCCAGAUGGAAAAGAGAUUGCUGUCAAGAGACUUUUCUUCAACCACCGACAUAGAGCAGGGGACUUCUACAACGAAGUCAACAUCAUUAGUAGCGUCAACCACAAAAACCUGGUCAAACUGAUAGGAUUCAGUUGUUUGGGGCCUGAAAGUAUUCUCAUUUAUGAAUAUCUACCCAACAGGAGUCUAGAUCAUUUCAUCUUUGAUUCAGUCAGAAGUAAGGAACUAAACUGGGGAAAAAGAUUUGAUAUUAUAAUAGGGAUAGCAAAAGGCUUAGCUUACCUUCAUGAGAACAGUAAAACCAGGAUCAUUCACAGGGAUAUUAAAGCUGCUAAUAUCUUGUUGGAUUCAAGGCUACAUGCAAAGAUUGCUGAUUUUGGGUUAGCCAGGUCUUAUCAAGAAGACAAGAAUCAUAUCAGCACUGGGAUUGCAGGAACACUGGGAUAUAUGGCUCCAGAGUACAUUUCCCACGGUAAGUUAACUGAAAAGGUAGAUGUGUAUAGCUUUGGUGUGCUUUUACUUGAAGUGGUUACCGGAAUGCCAAAUAGAGGAAUUCAAACAUCAGACAACAGUCGCAGCUUAAUUUCACUUGCAUGGGAGCAUUUCAAGCAAGGGACAGUAAAUGAGUUGUUUGAUUCAAGUUUGAUGCUAAACGUUCAAACUAGUAGCGACAAGAAGAAAGAAAUACAAAGUAUUGUACAUGUAGGACUUCUUUGCAUCCAAGAAGUUGCAUCACUUAGACCAACAAUGUCUAUGGCUUUACAAAUGUUAUCCAAGAAGAUUGAACCCUUGCCUUCACCGGCUAACCCCCCUUAUAUACAUGAAAGCAGCAUACAAUCACUUCAUCCUUCAAGGCUUGGGCUAAACAAUCCUACCUCGGUUGCCACUGUUUCAGAUAGUUCUUUUAUCCCAAGGUAAAUCUCUAUUAAAAAUUCCUACCAGAACAAAAGUACCUCGAUUGUAUUUGGGAACACUUCGGUUUGUAGUACCAGUGUUUUGAAAUAUUUGGAAAAAACUAAACACAAACAAGAUGGCAUACUUAGUUUCAAUUUGUGUAGUAACGAGAUGAUUCAUGAA